GAUGGCAGCGCCCGCAAAUAGAAAGUUGCAACACAGAGAAGAAGAUGCUAUGUUUUAUGUAGCUUACUGAUUGUCAUAUUCUGAAAGUGCGUUAGCUGGUGUUUGUCAUCGCCAAUUAAGAUAUCAGUCAUCAUGUCCACUAGUCCAGGAUUUAACAUUAACCGGUUGAGAAGUCCAUAUGAAAAUGACUUUGAGUGGAAAAUGCGUGAAGAAUUUCUACAGGCCCAUCGUGGCUCUUAUCCAGUUCAUCGUCUGCUGUGUUUAUCAAACUGCUACAUCAACUCCAGACUAUAUGGAUGUCGCUACCCUCCCGCCACCAUGAAGGAACUGGAGAUCCUAUCCUGUGAUCUCACUACCACAGUCGACAAAAUCAUGGGAGUCCAGAAAGUGAAGUUUGUUAAAGCAAAAGAGAACACUAAGGUAGAGUUUGUUAAGGCAAAAGAGGUUACCAUGAUCAAAUUUGUAAAGGCAUCUGAGGAUACGGUGGUGAAGCAGGAAACAACAUCUGGCCAAAAUCCUAUCCCGUCAACUGAUAGCGAAGCAACCAGAAAUGGCGCUAACGACAGCACUAAAACAAGUUCUCCAAGUGCAACUCCAUCAAGUUUUACUAAUGCAGCUAAACCCAAUAUUCCAAGUAUGACUAAACCCUGUAUUCCGAGUACAGUUAAACCCAGUGCACCAAGUAUUUCAUCUGUAAAAAGUAGCUUUGCCUCCCAGUGUGUACCCAAACCGGUAGUGCAUCCCCCUCCAAAACUGAAACAGAACACACAGACAAUGGCUAUGUCUCAAACACAGAAUAAUCCAAAUUCAAAUGAGAUCAAUAAUUUGAAUUCAGAUGGAAUGUCGCCGAUUGACCAAACAUUCUUUGAAUUAGCACAGGCCUUGGAAGGACUCUUGAAAAAGGAUAUCAAUUAUGUACCAGGAGAUUUUCUUCCCAUAGCUGCAAUGAAGACUAAAAUGGUAUUCUCAUAUAAGUACAAAGAGGUGCCUGCACCAAAGGGACUCCACAAAUUUCAGUGCUGUACCAUGUAUGAUUCAAUAGAAAUUGCAGAAGGAGAAGGAGGCAACAAGAAGAAAGCCAGGCACAAAAGUAUGGAACAGGCUGGCUGUAAACUUUGUAAGACAUUUCUUAAAGUGGUGCGACUUAACCCAGAGACACAAGUUUUAAAAGGCUCAGAUGAGUACUUUCCCUCAGCUUGGAGUUUACACGAACAACAACCAGACAACAGUUCCGCCGAUGUACACAAGGAGUCUAAUGCAAUGAGUCUGGCAGCUUCUAAGAAACGCAAAUUCUCAGAAACAUCCAGCGAUCUGUCUAGGUUCUUGCUCAUUGAACCUACGGAACAAAGAACAAGUGACAAUGCUAAAGCUGUCCUCCAGCGUAGUGCAGACUUUAAUAAGGCUCUUUUGGAGUACGAGUUUCAUGAUGAGGGGACAGGUGUGCGAUGUCGAGUGAUACUGGAAGGACAUAUUUUGGUGGAGUAUUUUGGCACAGGACGCUUAACAGCAAAAUCUACAGCAGCAGAGAAGGCAUUGGAAGGGCUCAGGAAAAUGUGCUGGACAAUCAAAGUAAAACAGUCAGUAGAUUCUGAUGAGGCAGGUCUGAGCCGGGAUGAAAUCUUUGGCGAAAUUCAGGCACAGGUUAAAGCAAUACCAGAAGACAACAAAGGGAGGCAACUGCUAAUGAAGAUGGGCUGGACAGGAGGUGGUGUGGGAUCAGAGGGAAACAAGGGACGCGAAUUCCCAGUUGCCGAAGAAUUGGAAACAAAUAAGGUGAUCGGUCGUGCAGGACUAGGAUCCAGCACCUCCUCGGAAAAAGAAUUCAGAGCUAAGGUGGUAGAAACCUUGGAGAGUUAUGCAAAAUCGGGAAAACAGGAGGACUUGAUGUUCACAGCAGAAUUUACAAAAGAGGAACGAGCAUACAUUCACCAACAAUCUCAAAAGAUUGGACUAAAAACUCAAAGUCGGGGUUCAGGUGAGUCUCGCUAUCUGACAGUCAGUCGGAGACGAUCAGCGUUCCAAUUGUUUAAUCAUUUAGUGGAAGAAGGCGGCUCCACAGCCAAGUACGAACUGGUGGCUCCAGGACAGAGUUCCCAAACUUAGCCCUCCAUUAUCUCAUGUGUAGAACAGCACAACUACACAUGUAGACCCUUUACUUGUGAUUUAACACUUGAUACAUGUAGUUGUGGAAGUUGUGUAUGCAUGUGCAUAUAAAUGUUUUCAAGUUGUAUCUGAUGUUAUGGAAGAGAAGAAAAAGCUACUGUUUCUACAAGAGAUGUUUUUGGGAGUUCUUCAUCUACAUGUAUAUCUCAGUUUCUUUCAUGUUUUGGUACGCUAACAUAAGUGUAUAGGCAAAUUUUUAAUGGUAAUGUCUGAGUCAUGGUUUCAUGUUAAUAUAUCUUUAUUUGAUGAUUAAUUUGUUGAAGAUGAUGGAGAGAAACAUUGUACCGUAAUAAUUUUGUUGUUGCUUAGACCUUUCUUGGUAGUUUUUUAAUUUUUCUUUUACCAUGGAUGACAUGUAAAUUGUGGAAGAAGGGGAAUAACUCUGAUCUUAUUUUCUAUUCAUUGGGAAUUCUUGUGAAAAAAAGAGUGAUACAUGGAUUUGGUUGCAUAACUUUCAUUUAAUGUAUGAAAAAGAGGUUUGAAAUAUCUUGAUAAGAUCAAUUUCAUGUACAGUAAAAUCUUGUUAAUUUAUAGAAACUUUGAUUCUUUAAAAGAAUACUGGAUCAACACAUUUUCUUGAAAAGAAAUGUUGCUUAUAUUUUAUUUGAAGCUAGCAUCAACUGUACAAUAUUUGUCGAUAGUAAAACAUACAUUUUAAAAUGUAUGAGGGUACUGAUACUUAAAUCAUUUCUUUAUAAUCACAGUUACUUAUUCAUAUGCUUGUGUGUGUAUACAUGUAUAACACUGCAAUUACUGGAUCAUUUGCAUGUGUAAUGAUCAUCAUUGAUGUCAUUUCACUUUUUAUAUGGUUGGUCCACAUGCCCAGAAAUACUCAGGUUUUAUAGGAAAGUAAAACUAGGCCCUGCAAAAAUUGCUGCCAAAAUGGAAGACCUUUCCAAACAUUUCCUGAAACUAAUUAAAAAUGAACAAAUUCGGUUUGCUUGUUCAACUACAGACAAAAUUGUUUUCACAAAAUUUACUGCUGUUUUCUCUUAUUUUUCAUCUUUGGAAGAAAACCAACCGGACAUUUACUAGGAUUUAUUUCAUGUAUGUUCCAAGUUUCAGUCCAUUAUACUUUUAAUACAAUUCUGUCUUAGUGUGUCUCUUUGUAUAUGUUUUUUUUUGUCAUGGAAAUUUUUACUGGAUAUAUCUUUUUGAAGAGUUUUAAUUUGCCAUGGCCAUGUAACUGUUGUAAAUCAACUAAUUUCUGCUUUGUUUUUUCAAAUUUUGUGCUUAGUUUUCAUUUAUGACAUCUUGAGUUAAGAACUAAUAAUAGUUUCUUCAAUACAAGUCAUCUCUAAAAUUAUAUAAUUCAUGCAUUUGAAAAUACUUAAUUUCUUGUUAGUUCCCUUUUGUUUGUUUGUUUGUUUGUUGUAGGGGGAGGGGGCUUAAUUUGUGAUUUAGGCAGAUAUUACAAACUGAUGUAAAUCAUCAUCGAGGAUAUAUCUGUGUAAAAGUGAUAAAUGUUUUUGAAGCACGUUUUUAUUUUUGAGUUAUGAGAAUGGCAACAAGCUGAGAUGUCCAUGCAUUAUGGUAAUAAACCUAUACAUCUUG